AUGGGGACCGCUGUGCGUUUCAUGCCCCUCUGCGGGGUUUUGUCUGAAGAUCCUCUGUGCUACUUGCUGCAGGUGGACAACUUCUCCAUCUUGCUUGAUUGUGGGUGGAACGAUUCCUUCGAUCCUGUGCUUCUGGAGAAUGUAAAAAGCCACAUCUCGGACAUCGACGCCGUCCUCCUUUCGCACCCCGACACAUCACACCUCGGCGCCCUCCCAUAUCUUAUGGGCAAGCUGGGCCUGGCGGCCCCCGUCUACGCCACCCUACCGGUCGCCAAGCUCGGCCACCUCUACAUGUACGAUCACGUCCUCUCACGGCAGGCGGUGUCAGACUUUGACACUUUUGACCUGGACGAUGUCGACUUUGCGUUCAACUCGAUGGAGACGAUCAAGUAUGCAGAGAACAGGGUGCUGUCAGGAAAGGGAGCGGGCAUCACCAUCUCUGCGCAUGCUGCCGGACAUUUGGUUGGUGGCACUUUGUGGAAGAUCAGCAAGGACGGGGAGGACAUCAUCUACGCUGUUGACUACAACCACCGGAAAGAGAGGCAUCUGAACGGAACGGUCCUUCUUAACUUCGUUCGUCCGGCUGUUCUCAUAACAGACGCGUAUAAUGCCUUGAGCGUUCAGACCCCGCAGAAGCAGCGGGAUCAGGAGUUUCUAGAGGCCGUUCAGGGCACGCUCCGCACUGGUGGCUCCGUCCUCGUCCCGGUAGACACUGCCGGGCGCGUUCUGGAGGUCCUCCUCUGCCUGGAGCACUACUGGGGCAGCAACCGAGCGUACCAGGGGUUCCCCGUGGCGCUGCUGACGUCAGUCUCGUACAACGUGGUCGACUUCGCGAAGAGCUCGCUCGAGUGGAUGGCGGAGAACAUCGGGAAGCACUUUGAGCGGGCGCGGGCCAAUGCGUUUGACCUGAGGCACACCACGCUGUGCCACAGCCUAGAAGACCUGGCAGCGCUGGCCCAUGGGCCGAAAGUGGUGCUCGCUUCAAUGGGCAGUCUAGAAACGGGCUUCUCCCGGCUACUGCUGGAGGAGUGGACCGAGCAGCCAGGCAACUUGAUCAUCUUUCCUGAGCGAGGGCAGCCCAGCAGCCUCGCCCGGUUUCUCCAGCAAGUGCCGACGCCGCCCCGCGUCAGCCUGACGCUGAGCGAGAAGAUUCCUCUAGAGGGCGAGGAGCUGGAGAAGCACCGGCAGGAGCAGGCUUUGCUGCAAAAGCAGAAACUCGAAGAGGAGACGAGGGCCAGGGAGCAGCUGGGGGCCGUGAAGGCGGAAGAGGAGGAGCGGGUGGCGGAACUAGAGGCAGCGCAAGACGCGGGUCCUUCCGGCGCCUCCCUCCAAGUCGCGGCCGAGCCCGGGGGCGGGCCUGUUCCACCUGUUCCGGCGGAAUCCGCCAAGCGAAAAGUCUUCAUCGACGGUUUCGAGCUACCGCCAGGAGCCGUGCACCCGAUGUUUCCAGACGCGGAAGAACCGAAGGAGUGGGACGAGUACGGGGAGGUGAUUGAUCCGGACGAGUACCGGCAGAAGGAGGACGACCCGAUGGACCUGGGGCGGAAUCUGGCGGAAGCCCAGGGCGGAAGGGCAGCGGCGCCGGAACCGGAAGCAGUCCCGGAGGAAGACCCUAUGUUGAUCGACGACCGGCCCUCCAAGGUGGUAACGAAACAAGUAGAGUUGGACGUCCGAUGCAAGGUGCGUUACGUCGACAUGGAGGGGCGCCCCGACGGCCGUUCAAUGAAAAACAUCAUCGAACACGUGGCGCCAAUCAAAACGAUCCUUGUGCACGGAACCAGAGAGGCGACGGAAAACCUGCGGCGCUUUUGUGAGAGCAAGAGCGGCGCGUCCGUACACACUCCUGACGUCAACCAGUGGGUGGACGUGUCGUCAGCGGUUGGUGCGUACCGGGUCAAGCUGACGGAGGAAAUGAUGAGUGGGGUCACGUUUCGAAAGAUGGGCGACUACGAGGUCGGCUGGGUCGACUCCCAAGUCGGCCCCCCGGAAACGCAGGAGCAGACCACGGAGUACGGCGCCGUAGAAAAAAGUCAACUUUUGCCGCUGCUCCCGCUUCGGGGGGGUGACGCCCCGGGCCACAAGGCCGUUCUCGUGGGGGAGGUGAAGCUGUCCGAUUUCCGGCAAGUGCUCGCGAGCGCGGGCGUGCCCGCGCGCUUUGCGGACGGCGCGCUGCACUGCGGCAAGCACGUGGUCGUCCGGAAGGUUGCGCAGCAGCAGCAGCUCGUGAUCGAAGGGGCGUUGUCGGAAGAUUACUACAAAGUUCGAGACCUUCUUUACUCGCAGUUCUACAUAGUCUGA